UUUUUACCUGGAAAGAGGAGCGACCAGGGAAGCAUGCGUGGGUUUGGUUUUCCUGCAACAGGAGCCAGAGGAAGAGAUGGCCAUGGAAGAUAGUCCCACCAUGGUUAAAGUAGACCGGGGUGAAAACCAGAUUUUAUCGUGCUGGGGGAGAAGGUGUGGCUUCAAAGUACUUGGCUAUGUCACGGGUGACAUGAAGGAAUUCGCCAACUGGCUUAAAGACAAACCUGUGGCGCUCCAGUUCAUGGACUGGAUACUUCGUGGCAUAUCCCAGGUGGUGUUCGUCAGCAACCCCAUCAGUGGAAUCCUGAUUCUGGUGGGACUUCUGGUCCAGAACCCCUGGUGGGCUCUCUGUGGCUGUGUAGGAACUGUGGUCUCCACUCUGACAGCCCUCUUGCUUAGCCAAGACAGAUCGGCAAUAGCAGCGGGGCUCCAAGGUUACAAUGCCACCCUGGUAGGAAUCCUCAUGGCUGUCUUCUCACACAAGGGCGACUAUUUCUGGUGGCUGAUAUUCCCAGUAUCUGCUAUGUCUAUGACUUGCCCGGUUUUCUCGAGCGCGUUGAGCUCCGUGCUCAGCAAGUGGGACCUGCCCGUCUUCACUCUCCCUUUCAACAUGGCGUUGUCGAUGUACCUGUCAGCCACAGGACACUACAAUCUGUUUUUCCCAAGUAAACUCUUCACAUCUGUCAGCUCCGUGCCCAACGUCACGUGGUCCGAGCUCAGUGCCCUGGAGCUGUUGAAGUCUCUUCCGGUGGGAGUCGGUCAGAUAUAUGGCUGUGACAACCCGUGGACAGGGGGCAUUUUCCUAUGUGCCAUCCUGCUCUCCUCCCCACUCAUGUGCCUGCACGCUGCUAUUGGAUCGUUGCUGGGUAUCAUCGCGGGUCUUAGUCUUGCAGCUCCAUUUGAAGACAUCUACUUUGGGCUCUGGGGUUUCAACAGCUCUCUGUCCUGCAUUGCGAUCGGAGGGAUGUUCAUGGCACUCACCUGGCAGACCCACCUCCUGGCUCUUGUCUGUGCCCUGUUCACUGCCUACUUCGGAGCCGGUGUGACACACCUGAUGGCUGUGGUCCACCUGCCAGCUUGUACCUGGCCCUUCUGUUUGUCCACACUAUUCUUUCUCUUGCUGACCACGAAAAAUCCCAACAUCUACAGGAUGCCCCUCAGCAAAGUUACCUACUCUGAGGAGAACCGCAUCUUCUACCUCCAAAACAAGAAAAGGAUGGUCGAAAGCCCCCUGUAAGAGCAGCGCCGCCCAACUGCCGUGGUCAUGAGUCAGUUCUAAGUGCAGCUCUAGUUGACUUCCAGGCUCUCCGCAAUGGCUUUUCUUCCCUGGAAGCAACGUCCAUACUCUCAGCAGCCCAUUCUUUUGCUUGCUCCUUGACUGUAUAUUAUCAAUCACCUGAGAGCCGUGUCCAGUUGAUGUUCUCUGGAAUGGAAUUUAAACCCCACUGUGCAUUGGGGGUCGGCAGGAGUAUCACUAAGACUGCCUUUAGAGAGUCAAAAUGUUCCAACAGAAAGAAGGAACGGAAGCAGCAACAAUUACUGUUAUUUGAAGCUAUCUUUGAUGUCAGUAUUAAGAGUCAAGCUCUGUAAACCGUGUAAGACUUACAGAAUUCACAGGCACAGAAACAAAGCAACCCAGGGUUCUUCGACCAUUUGCUUUCAGAAUCAGUGCACGUUACUCAUAGCAACCGCAUCCAACAUUGCAGUGGGGCAGAUUGACCAGAGCGCUGGUCCCCAGCUCUCCAGCAGGGUGGUGAUGUUCUCUUAAUGAGAAAGGUUAGUUAGCUUUUUGUUCCAAGCUGACUGAGCUGUGGGAAGAACGUUGUUGGCCAAAAUAGUUUUGCACUGCCACACUCAGAAUUUGCGAAAUCUAGCAGAGUUUAUUUAUUCUUUAUGAAAAUAUUUGCCCACUGAUAUAUGUUUGCAGCUAGCCAGUGCUUAAGACAUUAAAUAAAAUCUAUAAAUGCAUAAAAUACUUAGCAUACUUGCUUUUGCUUUAUAUACUUGCUUUACCAUAUAUCAGUUUUGAGGGAGUGUUUGACAUAGGGCCCUCUAUGUAGCCCAGGCUAGCCUAGAACUCAGCAUCCCCCUGUUUCCGUUCCCUAAGCACCGGAGCUGUGUGCUGGGUUUUUAAGUGCUUCAAGUAUAAGGCAACUUCAUCAACCUCGAGAGCCUUUUGAAGCCACAGUUGAAUGACUCUGAGGAUGUCAUCUAAAAACCAGCGGCAAAGCUGCACU